CGUCUGCCGGCCACCGUCCUGGCUGAGGGAGCAGUUCCACGUCAGCCGGAGGAGGUGGCAAGUGGGUCCGGAUACACGGCGGGGUGUUGAGUGCUAGUCGCGGGCGAUCGGGACACCGGCUCCGAGUGACUCUGUCCUCCUCCCUUGUCUUGACAAUUGUCUACGUUUUUGAGAUAGUCUCCAAACGCUGCCAACAUGACAGCUGCAGAAAAUGUCUGCUAUACACUCAUAAAUGUCUCAUUGGACUCUGAGCCUCCAAAUGAAAUUAAUCUAAAAGUAGACUUAGAAAAGGGAGAUGUGAAGACUAAAACUGAUGCCUUGAAAAAAGUGAUCAUCAUGAUUUUGAAUGGCGAGAAACUCCCAGGGCUCCUCAUGACAAUCAUUCGGUUUGUGUUGCCACUACAAGAUCAUACAAUCAAAAAACUGCUGCUUGUCUUUUGGGAGAUUGUUCCUAAGACCACUGCCGAUGGCAAGUUGUUGCAGGAGAUGAUACUUGUGUGUGAUGCCUACAGAAAGGACCUACAACACCCAAAUGAGUUUAUUCGAGGGUCCACUCUGCGAUUUUUGUGCAAAUUGAAGGAACCAGAGCUUUUAGAGCCACUGAUGCCAGCUAUACGUGCCUGCUUGGAACAUCGACACAGUUACGUACGCAGAAAUGCUGUGUUGGCCAUCUACACCAUAUACAGGAACUUUGAAAACCUUAUUCCUGACGCUCCUGAGUUGAUUCAUGAUUUCUUGGUGAAUGAAAAAGAUGCCAGUUGUAAACGGAAUGCUUUCAUGAUGCUUAUCCAUGCUGAUCAGGACCGAGCUCUGGAUUACCUGAGUACUUGCAUUGAUCAGGUUCAUACUUUUGGAGACAUUCUGCAACUGGUUAUAGUUGAGUUGAUUUACAAGGUGUGCCAUGCCAAUCCCACAGAGAGAGCCCGUUUCAUUCGCUGCAUCUACAACUUACUCCAGUCCUCGAGCCCUGCAGUGAAGUAUGAAGCUGCUGGUACUUUAGUUACCCUCUCAAGUGCCCCAACUGCUAUCAAGGCUGCUGCUCAGUGCUACAUUGAUUUGAUUAUCAAAGAGAGUGACAACAAUGUGAAACUGAUAGUUCUUGAUCGCCUGAUUGAACUACGAGAGCAUCCCACACAUGAGAGGGUGCUGCAGGAUUUGGUGAUGGAUGUCCUGCGAGUUCUGACCUCCACAGACCUGGAGGUUCGCAAGAAAACACUGCAGCUGGCUCUAGAUUUAGUUUCUUCUCGUAACGUUGAAGAGCUUGUCAUAGUUCUAAAGAAAGAAGUCAUCAAAACAAAUAAUGUGUCAGAACAUGAAGACACCGACAAAUACCGACAACUUCUAGUCAGGACGUUACAUUCAUGCAGUGUCCGUUUUCCUGACAUGGCUGGAAAUGUUAUCCCAGUGCUAAUGGAGUUCCUUAGUGAUACCAAUGAGGCAGCUGCUGCUGACGUUCUUGAGUUUGUGCGAGAAGCCAUUCAGAGGUUUGAAGGCCUUCGUCCAGUUAUUGUGGAGAAAAUGUUGGAGGUAUUCCAUGCCAUUAAAUCCGUCAAGAUAUACAGGGGAGCUCUUUGGAUUUUGGGUGAAUAUUGCAGCUCUAAAGAGGACAUUCAGAGUGUAAUGACUGAAGUUCGUCGGUCAUUAGGUGAGAUUCCAGUUGUUGAUUCUGAGAUAAAGAAGGAAGCUGGUGAACUGAAAAUGGACGAUGACAUUCAGGUAGUUCCCACACAAAAACUUGUGACGGAGAUGGGAACCUAUGCAACUCAGAGUGCCCUUAGUGCAAAGCCUUCCAAAAAGGAUGAAGAGAGACCACCUCUACGUGGAUUCCUGCUGGAUGGGGAUUUCUUCGUGGCUGGUGCCCUUGCAACUACAUUGACCAAGAUAGCUUUACGUUAUAUGGUACUUAUGCAAGAUAAAAAGAAGCAAAAUAGCUUUGUUGCAGAGUCUAUGCUCAUUAUGGCUACCAUUUUGCACCUUGGUAAAUCAUCACUCCCAAAGAAACCAAUCACUGAUGAUGAUGUGGACUGUAUCUCGCUCUGCCUCAAAGUUCUUGCAGAGUGUUCCCCUCUGAUGAGUGAUAUUUUCAAUAAAGAAUGCAGAAAAUCACUCUCUCAAAUGCUGUCAGCCAAACUGGAAGAAGAGAAACUUUCUCAGAAGAAACAGUCAGAAAAGAGAAAUGUAAUUGUGCAGGCAGACGAUCCCAUUUCCUUCAUGCAGCUGAUGGCCAAGAAUGAAAUUACUUCUAAAGAAGACCAGUUUCAGCUCAGCUUAUUAGCUGCAAUGGGUAACACACAACGAAAAGAAGCUUCUGACCCCUUGGCCUCCAAGCUCAGUAAGGUUACACAGUUGACUGGUUUCUCAGAUCCGGUAUACGCAGAAGCAUACGUACAUGUUAAUCAGUAUGACAUUGUACUUGAUGUACUUGUGGUCAAUCAAACAAGUGACACACUUCAGAACUGCACUCUGGAACUAGCUACAUUGGGUGAUCUUAAGCUUGUCGAGAAGCCUUCACCCCUGACUCUUGCUCCUCACGAUUUUGCUAAUAUCAAGGCAAAUGUCAAAGUAGCUUCGACAGAAAAUGGCAUCAUUUUUGGUAAUAUAGUUUAUGAUAUUUCUGGAGCAGCAAGUGACCGAAAUUGUGUGGUACUGAGUGACAUUCACAUUGACAUCAUGGACUAUAUUCAGCCUGCAUUGUGCUCUGAUGCCGAGUUCCGUCAGAUGUGGGCAGAAUUUGAAUGGGAAAACAAGGUUACAGUUAAUACGAACAUUACUGAUCUAAAUGAAUAUUUGCAGCACAUUCUUAAAUCUACCAACAUGAAGUGUUUGACUCCAGAGAAGGCACUUUCUGGUUACUGUGGUUUUAUGGCUGCCAACCUUUAUGCACGAUCCAUAUUUGGAGAAGAUGCACUUGCAAAUGUUAGCAUAGAAAGUCCAGUUCAUCUUGGACCUGAUGCUCCCGUGACUGGUCACAUACGCAUUCGAGCAAAGAGUCAGGGAAUGGCUCUCAGUUUGGGUGAUAAGAUCAACCUGUCCCAGAAGAAAGUAAAAGCAUAGCAGUUUUUUUCAAACACCAGUGCGCUUAAAUUAAUGUUAGUUUAAUCCAUCAAUAUCUACAAGUUUAUCUAAUACAAGAUCAUAGAUGCUGAAUAUGCUGAAGAGAGCUUGUGAUUUGUUGACGUUUCCAUAAAAUGAAGCUUCUAUUAUACAAUUCAAAAGACUGUAGAAUCGUUUCAUUAUGUCUUUUUUGUCUUGCUGUAGACAUUCUUGUUUUACACUAAAGUUUAUCCAUUAUAAUAAACAUAAUUCUCAAUGUGUUCAUUGUUCAUCUGGUGUUGGGAGUUGAGAUACUUGUAUGAAUAUUUGUUGUGAAGAAUGUGGUUACCAAAAGAUGGAAAAUUGUCAUGCCCAUAUUACUUGUGUAUACUUACCUCUGGCCAAGAUGUAACAAUCCAGUUUGAAAGAGUUUUUUUCUCCCUCUUCUCCCCCCCCCCCCACCUCUUAAAAUCAAUACAGUGGAUAUUUAUUGAAUCUCAAACUACAUUCUGACAGCAGUGCCAUCUGCACAGUGUAUUAAGGAUAAAUGGUGUAACUGAGGUUACUUUGAAAUGUAUAGCAAUCUCAAAUAUUAAGGAGUUAACCUUUUUUUACAUGUUAUAUAAAUGAUGCAACACAUUAUAAUAAAAAAAAGGGCAGAGCUUUUACCUGA